CUGGUUACGGCGCCGACAGCUGUCGUCUCGAGAGCCGUCCAGCUGCAAGCGUCGGGAUUACGGCUCGGGUGACGAAAUCGAUUCGAAUUUGACUUCCCAAUCUCGAAACCGCUCUCAUCUUCGUGUUCGUGCGCGGGCCCGUUAUCGUAGUCGAGCAAGAGAGCAUCGUUUCCGUUCCUAAUUCUGGGUUCCUCUGCUCCCGAUUAACCAGGAAGCUCUGAAUCGAGCCCCGCCCUUGAUUCCGGUCGGUCGGUUAUUUCUGGGGGUCCUCCAUUUCGAGCUCUCGGAUGGUCUCGUUGCGAACGACAGCGUUCGCAACCAUUUCGAUCCGCACCCACAAGACAGAACCUCAAUCUCAUGGUAAAGUCGGCAACUUCAAGCCCAAAAGGACAUACCCAUCUUUAGAAACUCGCUCGUCCGACCAAAAAUCACUGGCAAUCGCGAGGAUUUUAAUGGUGAUGGAACCAAGACAGGGCGCGUCGUCACCGUCGACCUUGAUGCUGACAUCGGGCGCGAGCGGCCGAAUUAGUGCCCUGUUCUCGCGGCACGCGUUGAAGAGCCUGUUGCUGCUGAUCCGCGCCGUCGUCCUGCUGCUUCUCAUGCCGUUCCGGGGGCGGAAGCGGGUCGUUCUGGUCUCGGCGAACGCGGCAGAGAGGUCGAAGGAUGAGAGGAGUGAGAGCAGCGGUGGGAAUAACCGGAAAGUCGGGCCUGUGGUGAGGGUCCCAGCGACGGCCCUGCCGUGGAGGAGGGCGGCGUCGUCGUUGGUGGAGCAGGAGGUGGCGGCGCGGAGAGCAUUGGCAAAGAAGCGGGUGGUGCAGGAUGGCGAUGAAACUGUCGUUCGGGACUAUUCAAUUUUCACGUCUGCGAGGGGUGAUGCAUUGUUCACGCAAUCUUGGAGACCUGUUAAUGGGGAGAACAGGGGAUUGGUCAUUCUUUUGCAUGGUCUGAAUGAACACAGUGGGAGGUACAGUAAUUUUGCAAAGAAGCUGAACGCCAAUGGUUUCAAUGUUUACGGAAUGGAUUGGAUUGGCCACGGUGGAAGCGAUGGGUUACAUGCUUAUGUCAAUUCUCUUGAUGAUGCUGUAUUCGAUCUGAAAUCAUUCAUCGGAAGAGUCUUGGUUGAGAAUCCAGGGCUCCCUUGUUUUUGUUUUGGGCACUCAACCGGCGCAUCGAUCAUUCUUAAGGCUGCUCUUGACCCAAAAGUCGAAGCAUGCAUAUCAGGCAUUGUGCUAACUUCACCCGCUGUAGGAGUUCAGCCAUCGCACUCGAUUUACACGAUACUCGCUCCAAUCGUGUCCCUCUUAUUGCCAAGAUACCAAGUCGGGGCUGCGAAUAAGAAGGGCUCGGUGGUAUCAAGGGACCCGGAAGAGCUCGUAGCCAAGUACUCCGAUCCCCUCGUCUAUACCGGAUCCAUCCGCGUGAGAACGGGGUACGAGAUCCUCCGGAUAGCAGCCUACUUGCAGCAGAACCUCAAGCAAGUCAGAGUUCCCUUUUUGCUCCUCCACGGCACCGCGGAUAGAGUGACCGACCCAGAUGCUUCCUUGAAGUUGUACGAGCAAGCAUCCGCGACGGACAAGACGAUCAGAUUGUUGGAAGGGCACUUACACGAUCUACUCUUCGAGCCAGAGCCCGAGCGCGAAGCCAUUAUGAAGGAAAUAAUUGAGUGGCUGAAUUGUAGAGUAGAGAGGUAGGAAAGACAAGCAAUUUCAGUUCCUUCUUGUCAAUGCAUUUGAAGGGAAUCUGACCGAUUCAAAUAAAAAAGAAGAAAAUUUCAACUUCCCAGUGCUUUUCUUUAUCUGAGAUCAGCCGAAGUUUUUUAUGAAAGAGAAGAAAAAAGGACCCUAUUCAUCGAAA